AUGACCGCCUCUCAACUCAUCUCCGUUAGUCCCGACGAACUCCGCUUCCAUUUUGAGUUGGAGAAGCAAACGUUUUGUGAUCUCAAGGUUCUCAAUAACACGGAGAAUUAUGUUGCUUUCAAGGUCAAAACCACUUCUCCGAAAAAAUACUUUGUACGACCUAACACCGGUGUCGUACAUCCCUGGGACUCGUGUAUCAUCAGAGUCACCCUCCAAGCACAACGGGAAUACCCUCCAGACAUGCAAUGUAAAGACAAGUUUCUCUUACAGAGUACGAUAGUGAAUCCAAAUACUGAUGUUGACGAUCUCCCACAGGAUACUUUUAAUAAGGAAAGUGGUAAUUCAAUAGAGGAGUUGAAAUUAAGAGUUGCAUAUAUCACUACUGCCUCACCCGAAGGAAGCUCUGAAGAUGAUGCAUCAAAGAACUCACAUAAACUUACCUCUUCUAGUGGGGCUGUACAAAAUUUGAAAGAAGAAAGAGAUGCCGCUGCCAGACAAACGAGACAACUGCAACAGGAACUGGACAUGCUGAAAAGACGAAGAAACCGAAAAAGUGACCCUGGUUUUUCCUUCAUCUUUGCCAUAUUUGUGGGUCUCCUUGGAGUUUUACUUGGCUUUCUUUUGAAAUUUUUAUUCUCUUCAUCAAAAGAAUGA